GUAAAAUUUGCCCGGGUCUACUAAGCCUAAGCAAGUCAUAGAAAAAACAAAUAAUAAGUAAUAUGUUCCAGAGAAAGGUCGUUGAAAAAUAAUUUAAAAUAAAACUACAUAUCUUGCUAAUAGAAUUAAUAAUUUUAUCUCAGUCAAAAUGAGUGGUUUGUUGCGGAACAAAACAUCCCCUUCACCUAUUUACCCGAGUUUUUUGCAACAAGGACGAGAAAGCUUAUUUCCUGUGCAACUUCGUUCAAACAUAGAAGUGUUAUUGGCUGAAAUUAUCAACAGAAGUUUCAAUAAUAUCAGUGUAAUUUUUCAGACUUUAUGCUCUUUGAAUCCACCUUGGAUCUGUGAUCACUCAUCAUGAUGCGUUACUGGGGAGAGAUUCCUGGACCUGCAGGGGCACCUCCCAGCCGCAGCUCCUUUGACUUGCUUCAGCGUGAGUUUCGCUCUGUGGAGAUGCAGGACCCUCCCCUGCACCAGCCCUCAGCCCAGCGUCCGCGGCCAACCACAAUGUUGGAUAUCCCCUCAGAGCCCUGUAGCCUCACCAUCCACACAGUGCAGCUGUGUCAGCAUGCCCGCCGCCUACGUGGCCUCUUGGCAGCAGCCCAGGCCCAGGCUCAGGGUCAGAGCUCAGCAUCCUCUGAGGGAGGCAGUAGGAUGGAGGAGGCUGAUGCCAACCUCCCUCUACGUCCUCCCACCCCACCUGUCAUGCCAGAUGAUUUGUUACCUGUGGACAGUAAAGCCCCACGGCAACCUUUCCAGCUCCGCCACAGUGACCCUGAAAGUGACUUUUAUAAGGGUAAAGGCGAGCCUGUCACAGAGCUGAGUUGGCCCUCAUGCAGGCAGCUCCUCUAUCAGUCAGUGGCCACCAUCCUGGCCCAUGCUGGCUUUGAGUCUGCUCAGGAGAGUGUGCUGGAGACUCUGACCGACCUGGUCCAUGAGCAUUAUCUGCGUCUCACCCGCCUGCUGCGGGUGGCAGUGGACCGGGAGGCGCGGCUAGGGGCGAGUCCCUUCCCAGACGUGGUGGAGCAAGUGUUCCAUGAAGUGGGCAUCGGCAGUGUGCUGGCCCUGCAGCGCUUCUGGCAAGUGAGGAUCAAAGACUAUCACAGCUACAUGCUACAGGUCAGUAAGGAUCUGUCAGAGGAAUAUGAGCGGCUGGUGAACCCAGAGAAGGCUCUGGAGGAUUCCAAGCCCCCGAGGAUUAAGGAGGAGCCCAUGAGUGACAUCUCCUUCCCUGUUAGCGAGGAGCCUGAAGCUGAUCUGGCCUCUGGGGACCAGGCUCUACCCAUGGGAGUCCUCGGGGCCCACAGUGAAAGGCUGGCUUCAGGCCUGGAUGGUGACCAUUCUCCUCACACCUCAGGAGGGGGCGGGGCCAACAACUCCCCUCUGUGGCCACAGGUAAAAAUGGAGCCGCAGGAUGGCGAGGAGGGCCAGGGCUCAGGCCACCACCACCAUCACCAUGGUGUCCUGGGUGGAGAUGUGUUCGAGGAUGGGGGACCCAUGUCCACCAUGAGCGAAUCAGGAGGUGCCAUGGCACCCUCACCUGGAGGUGGUGCGUCAGACGGAAGCUACGCCUCGCAUUCACCUGACUCCCUGAUGGGCACAUCACCGGUCUUCAACCAGAGACCCAAGAAACGGGCGAAGAAGAUGUGAAGAAGAGGUUCUUAGUGUUGGAGGAGAGAAGGUGGACUCUAGACUAAUCAGCCAGUUUUCCAUGUUACUAAUCAUGGAAUGGUGUUGAAAUACUCCAGCUGUAGAGAUUUAAGCUCAUUAAGUUGGACUCCUCUCCAGCUGUCAAGAUCAUGCCCACUGCAUAAACUGACAGAGACAUUAAUGUCAGGAAAGGACAGAACUGAACGGAAUUGUUCUGAACAAAAGAACUGGGGGCAAUAUUUGUCAAUGUAGUUUUUCCUGUUUGUUUUUUUGAGUAUAGUUUCUUUCAAAUAGAAGAUGUUUCCACUGAAUAUAUUAAUGGGAUUUAUUGUCAAAAGAAUAUCUUCAGAAUGUUUUGAAUUAUUUUAUCUUCAUUUGAAUUAUGAAGUGUUGUUCCAAAAAAGUACAUACAAAAGUCUUUCAGUUGACCUAAUGAAUUUUACAACAGGAAAACAUAAGAGGUCCAAAAAGAAAUCAUUUAGUUAAACAGCUUAAUAAUUCAGCAGAAUGGUUUGUCUUCUCAAGCUAUUAACUUACUUUCUCCUCGCAUACCCAUUACUGUCUGUGCCAUUCAUUACGAUUAAAAGACGCUCCACCAAAAAGGAAAAUAUAUAUAUUUUUCCUCAUGAA